CGGGCAGGCGCUGAGAGGCCGGCCCACGUGGACCACCGAGCGGCCGGGGGCAGGGGCGGCCUGCUAGGCGACCAAUCAGAGCGGCCCACAGCGGGCCGGCCCCUCCCGCCCACCCGAGCCCUAGCCGGCAGGCUCAGCUCUGUGAGCUGCGCGGCCGCAGGAAGCAGCGCACUGGCCGGUGCUCUGCCCCGGGAGGACUCCAGAAUCCCGUGGCGGCCGCUGUGUCUGCGGUCGCUGCUCCUGCAACCGCAGCGUCUAGCGGGUCUUUGGAAAGACCUGAAAACUUUCUUUCCCCGAAGAGUCGCAGUGGGAGAGAGACAGGUUCCACCCUGCGCGCCUGCGGGGAGGCGACGCGGUGAGCUUCUGCGCGGGAUACUGAGAUCCUCGGGCUCCCCUGGCUGCCAUUUGUAGUCAGGCCAUUCAAGCUAAGAUAAUUUUCUGAAACUGUAGAGAUGGUUGGUUCUAGCGACAAAUGGGAAUUUGGAGUCACUUUGAAAUACAUCCUGGAAUAAUUGUGUUUGACUGAAUCCAAAUCUUAUGUCGUCUCCAAGGAUGAGAGUCUGUGCUAAGUCAGUGUUGCUCUCUCACUGGCUCUUUCUGGCCUACGUGUUAAUGGUGUGCUGUAAGCUGAUGUCCGCCUCAAGCCAGCACCUCCGGGGACACACAGUUCAUCACCAAAUCAAGCAAGGGACUUGUGAGGUGGUUGCUGUGCACAGGUGCUGUAACAAGAACCGCAUUGAAGAGCGAUCACAAACAGUCAAGUGUUCCUGCUUCCCCGGUCAGGUUGCUGGAACAACUCGGGCUCAGCCUUCUUGUGUUGAAGCUUCCAUCGUGAUUCAGAAAUGGUGGUGCCACAUGAAUCCUUGUUUGGAAGGAGAGGAUUGUAAAGUGUUGCCAGAUUACUCAGGUUGGUCCUGUAGUAGUGGCAAUAAAGUCAAAACUACAAAGGUGACACGGUAGCAAGCAGCACGGAGGAGCAACAGGACCCAGAGCUUUCUUGCUGGAAUUAUCAUCUGUCUUGACCAUGUUGUGGGAAAUGAUCUCUGCUGAGAGGAGGAACUGUCCCAGCCUUCCCUCCUUCGUGAUUUUAUUGCAUUAAAUUACAAACACAUGCAGCCAAAUUGACAUCCUAUCUGCAUUCGCAGAGAAAAUACCCCCACCAAAAAACUUGGAGGAACGAACCAGAGACUUCAAACAAUGGAUUGCCACUCAAGGAGUAUUUGUCUUUAAAGUCUUUCUGCCAUCCCAAAGGAAUACAGACAUAAGUUUCACAGCAUUCUCAUCUUUUCUCUCUUUUGAAUUCUUUCAUUUGUCAUUGUAUUAAAGUGGUUAGAAAGGUACUAAAUAACAAGAGCAACAAGGAAGGUUUACUUUUGAAGAAUAGAACUUACUGGGAUUGUGUGUGUUCAUUUGUAUUUUAGCCUUUUUUGGUAAUUUUUGAAUUUCAAGUUUAGUCAUCAGGCUAACAGGAAUGGAAACAUUUUAACUUUAGUGCACAAUUUUACUGAGUGCUAAGGAAGUAUAUCUACUCGAAUAUUUUAUAACCAAAGUGCAAUCAUGACAUAUUCACAAAAAGAAAUAAAACCGGUUGGGAUUUUAUAGCUUAUGUGUAGUCACACAGGUGAAUAAUUUAAAAUACAAAGUAGUCUUCAGAUAAAGGCUGACUUUUUAGAUACAAUUUAUUGUCACUUAUUUUAAAACAUUUUAUUAACUCCUAGACAAGCGUCUUUAAGUGCAGAAUUUUUAGACUGUAAGUGGUUUAUUUUUAACAGAGCUUUAUCCUACUUAUUUGUUGUUAGUCAUCAUAUUACUUUAAAUGCUGGAAAAAUAUGAAUCAUAUUUUUUCUUGGCUUAAGUGAUUUUGUCACAGGUAUGUCUUCACAAAUUCUCAGAUGUUGUCAGGCAGAAACAUAUUACAGAUGAAAAGUGACUGACCCAGAUUUUUAAAUGCAUAAUGUCAUGAUAAUAGUAAUAGAUUUUAUAUAUAUUAAGAAAUGCCAAAAACACUUUCUGUACUAUUAAUUCUCCAUUACCUUUCAGAAUUAUGGGUGAAAAUGCUACUACAUCAUUUAUAGCACUAACAAUUAUAUCUACUGGCUUUUAUUAUUGCAGCAGGAAUGAAAAUAGGUAGUAGCCUUUUGUUUGAAUUCAACUAACUUCGAGGCUUACAAUUGUUAUUCUCAUAAUAAGUAAAAAAAUAAAUGCAUUCUGCUGAUGGUGUGUAA